CCGCGCCGCAGCGCGCGUCCCCGCACACGCGCGCGCGCGAUGCGCACCGCGCCGACGAUCGCGUCCGCGUCCGCCGCCGUCGCGCCGACGCGCGCGGCGCGACGCGCGAGCGCGCGACGGGACGCGAACGCGCGCGCGACGGCGCGACGGCGCGACGCGACGAGUCGCGCGCGACGCGACGCGACGACGCGCGCGAUGCCGCGCGCGCAGGGCCCGAUGCGAGGGCAACACCCGGUCGCGCCGCACGGCCCGCGAUUUCACGAGUACGGCGGGUUCGACAUCGAUCCCGAGCUGCAGCACAGUCGAGUGUCGUACCUGCGCGAACGCGUCGAGGCGGUGACGAAGGAGUUCCCGAACGCGAUCGGCAUGGACGAUUUCCUGUUCCGAACGGAGGUGAUGCUGCGACGAUUCGGGUUCACGACGGAUAAUUCCAUCGCGCUGACGAGCCUGUGUCGGGACGAGAUCACGUUUCCGCUGAAGAACGCCAUCGACGACAUUUUCGGAUAUUCGAUGGAUUUGGACGGGUUGGGAGGGAUCAUCUCCGCGGGGACCACGGGGUUGGGGGCGGGAUUGAGUCACUCGCCCACCGAUCACUUGACCGGGAAGGAGCGGUACGUGCUGUUCGCCAUGCCGCACAUCGCGAUCGACGCGGAAGGGCGCGUGGGGAGCAUCGUGCGCGCGGGGCGUCGGGGACAGUCGUGCGCGUGCGGGGCGCUCGUGAAGAUGCAACCGAUGUUCAAGCAGUACAAAGAGGGCACGCUGGAGAUGGGUUUGGACGAGGGCGGACACGACCCGCUCGAUCCGGAGUUCUCCAUCCUCACCAGGCGCUUGAUCACCGCGGUGAACAAGGAUGAAAUCCCUGACAAAGGCUUGCCCCUCUCCGACGUCACGCGUCUCGCCGACCGCGUCAUCCGUCGCGAUCUCGACAAGCUCAUCGGCGAGACCGUGGACGUGACCAAAUCUGAUUACGCCGUCGUCACCGGGAUCCAAAUCCACAGCACCGCCGCGAACAACCGCACGUGGCAUCCAGCCUUAGAAUUUAUCUCGCCGACGUCGAUGUACGUCGUCAAGGACGGCGUUCGUCACGACAUGGACGUCCUCGCCAUCGAUCCACCGACGCCGCGGCAGCUGUUCCACAUCGCCGGCGGCGAAGAGAUCGCGGAGCUUCCAUCGCCGAGGCGCUCUUGGCCCGGGCUCUGACGCCGCGUUCGCCUUCGCGUCUCGCUCGUCCGCGUCGCGU